AUGAAACCAAUUGUUACAAUAAUUGGAUCUUUAAAUUAUGAUUUAGUUACUUUUACGAAUAAAGUGCCAGAAGGUGGUGAAACUUAUCAAGCAAAUUCAUUUGAAACUCAUUUUGGUGGUAAAGGUUUAAAUGAAGCAAUUGCAGUUUCAAAAUUAUCUCCACAAAAUUCAAUUAUUACAAGAAUGGUUGGUAAAGUUGGUGAUGAUACAUUUGGAAAAGAUAUGAAACAAUAUUUAAAAGACAAUAAUGUUGAUGUUUCAAAUGUUGAAACUUUAAAUGGAAUUUCUUCUGGUGUUGCAGUUAUAUUAGUUGAAGAACAAUGUGGAGAAAAUCGAAUUUUAAUUACUCCUGGUUCAAAUGGAGAAUUAAAACCAAGUAACGAAGAAUAUGAAAAAUUAUUUCCUAAAGACGAUGAAGGAAGUUAUGUAAUUUUACAAAAUGAAUAUCCACAUACUUUACAAUCUGUUAAUUGGUUAAAAUUAAAUCGUCCAAAUAUAAAUAUAGGUUAUAAUCCAUCACCAUAUAAACCAGAAUUAAAUAAUAAAAAUUUUCUAUCAAAAAUUGAUUUAUUAAUUGUUAAUGAAGGUGAAGCAAGAGAUGUUGCGAAAAAUAUAAUGGCUAAAGAUGAAAAUGAUUUAAAAGAAUUAGCUAAAAAACUACAUUCAUUAAUAAAUUCAAAAAAUUUGUCAACAAUUAUUAUUACCUUAGGUAGUAAAGGUAGUUUAUAUACAAAUGAUGGUAUAGAUGUUAAAUUUGAACCAUCAAUUAAAGUUGAAAAAGUUGUAGAUACAACAGGAGCAGGUGAUACAUUUUUUGGAGGUAUUGUACUGAAUUUAGCAUUAGGUAAAUCAUUAGGUGAAGCUGUUAAAUUUGCAACUAAUGCAUGUGGAUUAGCCAUACAAAAGAAAGGUGCAGCAGAAGGUAUACCAAAUUAUGAAGAAGUAAUUAAAUUAAUUAAAUUAAUUGAAUGA